AAACCGAGUCCCGUUACACAACUAUCUUUAAACUCGCUGGAACUGGAUUCACAGAGAUAGCAGCAGCUUGUUCAGAAGCUCUCCGUUGUCUCGUUAACUUCCAUCACCUCAACCAUGUUGGUGCUAGCUACAGCUUUGGUGUCUCUGUUCUCCACAGCCCUCGCCAUCAAUGUCGGCGCCUUCAACAUCCAACAUUUCGGCGACACCAAGAUGAACGAGGUGGGCAGUCAGAUUGUCCGAAUCCUCUCCCACUACGACAUCGUGUUGGUCCAGGAGGUUCGCGAUGCUGACCACACGGCUUUGAAUUCCCUCAAAAACAUGCUGGGCGCCGCCACCUGGGAAUACGUCUCCAGCAACCCCAUCGGCCGGACCGCCAGCUACAAGGAGCAGUACGUGUUCUUUUACAAGAAGGCCUCCGUCCACAUUCUGGGCCAAUUCCAGUACGACGACUCCGCCAGGGAUGUCUUUGAGCGGGAGCCGUUCAGCGUGGAGAUCCAGUACCACUCGGCCACGAAGAACAAGAACGUCAACGUGGUUCUGAUGGGGAUUCACACUCAGCCAGAGAAGGCGUUUGAAGAAUUACAGGCCCUGCCAGGGGCGAUGACCACGGCCAAAAACCACUUCUCUAACGCCGCCGGCAUAAUCUCCAUGGGAGACUUCAACGCCGACUGCAGCUAUCUCAGUGCCAGCCAACGGGCGUCUAUGGAGCUCUUCACUGCUGCCUCGUACAAGAGCCUCAUCUCGGACAGUAUCGAUACCACGGUGGCUACCACCACCGAUUGCGCGUACGACCGAAUCGUCGUUCAAGCUAACGGAGACGUCGUGGCCGACAGCGCCAAAGUGUAUAGAUUCGAUACCGCCCUCGGCCUGACUGCCGAUACUACUAAGGCUGUGAGCGAUCACUACCCAGUGGAGUUCAGGUUGAAUUAAAAAACUUGGUAUCGAUGCUGAUAAUGAUGGGUUAAGGAAAAUUGACUGGACUCGAUACA